AUGGACGUUGGGAUAGCGGAUGCAGUACGAAAGAAACCCUAUGUACUACCAAAAGAAGCUAUGAAUGAUGUCACGAAGAUGAAGCUCGAAAGAAUCCACAGGGACAAUUCGAGUGUGACUUUACAACAAAGUAAUAGAGAUGGAACGAAUAUUCACAAGUGCAUAUUUUCUUUACCCGACAAUCAUCUCUAUUCCACUUCAUGUCAGAACUAUAUCGUGGGUAUUACGGAACAAUGCAAGGAGAACAAUGUUCCUAACAAGAAAUGCUUCUCAAACAUGAUUAAGUGGUAUAUCACAGUUCGCAACACCUUGCUCUGUUUAGUGUCAAAAAUUUUCAAGGUUUAG